CAGUCGAGCACCGGCAGUUCUGUAUAGAGUCUAAAGUAAAUCUCCCAGCAGGACGGCUCGUUUUAAUGAAAAUACGGUUGUAGCUCACAGUCUACGUUGCUGUGAUUGCGGUGUUGUGUCGGUUUUGUAGAAGCAAUGUUCCGUUGAUGAGUUAUUAAUCCUGAAAAGCCGAAUCUGUGAAUAUCUUUCUAACUUUACCGAAGUCUACAACUUUCACUUUCUUUUACCAGGAAGAAGAGAGUUUGUUGGAAAAACAUUGUUGAAAAAAGAAGACUGAAAAUGUCAAGAACUCCCCAGGAUGAGGAGCCCAUGGACGUUGACGUUCAAGAUAAAAAUGAAGGUGUACUGCUAACUCUUUCACUAAAGUGGUCACAGUCUGAUCAACUACAAAAACUAAAACCAAGACUAGAGAAACUUCUUCAGACUUGGUUCAAUGGAAGAAAAAAUAAGAUGGACUGCUCAGUUGAAAGCAUCCGAAAAGAUGGAAGUGCCUUGAUCAAAGUGAAACCGAGCCCAGCUCUGAGUGAUCUUCAGGAACUAAAUGGAAAAACACUGACCAGUAAAGAUGGAAAAACAGUCACCAUACUGUCCAUUAAUCCGGCACCACCAAACAUGGAUUCACAAAAACCAGAUGAUGAGUCAAUGAGCAAUUCUUCUUCUGUGCCGGGGCCACAAGCUGAUAAAAAACAAAGUGACCCAGUUAGGAAAGAUAUUGACCCACAAGGGAAAAAUUCUCUUGAAGAGCAUAAAAAGCCAUCUGACGAAUGCCUUGUCUCAGUGGGUCAUUACUGGUAUGUGAACCACAUCUACAAGGAGGAAAUUCAAAGUAUACUGAAAAAAAAUAGAGUUACAAUUGAGCCAAAUGUCAACGUGAAAUUUAAAGCAGACCAAGAAGAUGGAAGCCCACAAGAAGCUCUCGUUGAUUUUACAAAACUAGUCCAGGAUUCUUUAGCUGAAUCUUGUGGCACAGUUUUUCCUCUCAAGUUUGUAGAUCCAGAUCAGUGGAGUGAUGCUUUGAGAGCCAUCCAGGAAAAGGAGAGCAAGCUUUUGGUCACUUUGUCCGGUGAAGAAGUAACUGUUUGUGGGCCGAGCCAAAGUCAAAAUACUUUCAGUGCAGCUUUAAAUUCAGUGCAGAAAAGAAAAGAUCCCUCUCUCAGCGAGCACAAACCAGCACUUCAAGACACAUCACCGAAGACAAAUAUGACCAUCAAAGAUCCUCUUGUUGAUGCAGGAUUAACCAUGAAGGAGAGCCACUGGAAGCUGAUGAAGACUGCUUAUGCUGAAGAAUUAACAACGAUCAAAGAAAAGUUUGGUGUGACCUUCAGAGAAUCUAACUUCAGUCAAGGCAAAAUCGAUGUCAAAGCUUUUUACUUAGGACCUGGAGGAAAUGCCUCAUUGGAAAGUCAUGCAGUCAGAGCUCUUCUACAUCUGCACCAGAAGACUUCCACAUCACCCUUAAGCCUCACCCAACCUGUUGGUGCCAGUGGACAAGUUCAGCAUUGAUCAUUGGUCAGAGGAGACCUCCAGUGGACCUCCAUUUAAUGGAGAAUCAACACAUCAGUACACCAAAGCACCAGAAAGAGAGGGAGCGUCAGCAGGAGAUAUUG